AUGCCAGCUGAUAGUCAUCCAGUGAUUGUGCUGGGGAAGAUGGAGUGUAAUGAGCUUCUUGCAGUGGACACCCGGGAAACCCGGUUCUCUGAAGCAUGGGAAUAUUUCCAUCUGGCCCCUGCUUGUGCUGGUAAUCACCCCAACCCAUGCCUGUGUGGCAAGCAGGUGAGCCGUGGCCCAGGGAUCAACGUGAGCACCGCCGCCCUUUGGAAGCAUCUGAAAAGCAUGCACAGAGAGGAGCUGGAGAAGAGUGGUCACAGCCAGGCAGGGCAGGGCCAGGACCCACGGCCCCAGGCAACCCAUCUCCCUGUGGUCAUUGAGGGUGACUGAGGUAGGCUCCUGGAGCAAGUGGGAAGCCAGAGGGAAAAGGAUGUGCUGAGGAGGGAGAGGACGGUGGAAUGGCGAGAGAGGGCUGUGCAGAGGAGGGAGCAAGUCCUGGAAGAGAUGGAAAGAGCCACACUGGAGAUGAAGUGGAAGGUGAGGGCUGAGAAGGCAGCACGCCAGCAAGAGAAGGACCUGUCUGCAGUGUAA